GACGAUGAAUAGCGGCGACUGACUUCCUUAGAUAAAGAUAUAAAGAUAAACUCCGAGCAACAUUUCAACCAUUUCGAUCAAUUCUCUUAACACAACCACUAAAACAACCCAAAACAAUAGCUACACACAAAUAAUGUUCAGGACAGCCAUCACCACCGCCACCGCCUCGACCUCGCGAUCGACUUCUACGGUCGCCCGACGAGGACUCUCCCUCCUCGCCGCCCGUCCCACCGUCCUCGCCUCUUCUACCAGGUCCACCGUUGGAGCGGUAAAUGUGGUAGCAAAGAGGGGAUACCACGAGAAGGUCAUCGAUCAUUAUGAGAACCCUAGGAAUGUCGGCACUCUCAACAAGAACUCUCCCGAUGUAGGAACAGGCCUAGUAGGCGCCCCGGCUUGCGGAGAUGUGAUGAAGCUCCAGAUCCAAGUCGAUGACGCCGGGAUCAUCACCGACGUCAAGUUCAAGACUUUUGGAUGUGGGAGCGCGAUUGCCAGUAGCAGUUACAUGACCGAGAGGGUGAGGGGGUUGAGCUUGGACGAGGCGGGCGGGAUCAAGAACACGGAGAUUGCCAAGGAGUUGUGCCUUCCACCCGUCAAGCUCCACUGCUCGAUGCUCGCCGAAGACGCUAUCCGAUCGGCCAUCAAGGACUACAGGUCCAAGCGAACCAAGGCUACCGGAACCACCACUGCCAACGUCGAGAGCAAGGCUGCCUCUUCGGCACAGGGAGCGUCGGCUUAGAGACGAUCGUCUCUCGAACGACUCGAUGUGAUUUCGGUUUAGGACUUUGGAUCAGGCCGAUUACUUCCGACGAUCCCCGACCCUGAUCUCCCGACCAGGACUCUUCUGCGCCCCGCCCUCGACUGCCCCGUUGGCGACUGUGGGGUGUCAUCGUGAAUGUGAAAAUGGGGAGACAAGAAGCUUUAGGAUGGAGAAUUCGAUACCGGCAGACAGGAGAGAAAGGGCGGGAAGGCUCUUGUACGAUUUCUCGGUUCUGGUUGUGGUCAACAAAAUGUAUUCAUAUGUAACCCUGUGUGACGAAUAUUGAUAUCCUCGUGCUUGCGC